ACUUCAUGAAUAUACAGUAUAUGGUCCCAUACUCAUUUCUUUUGCCACUUUACAUUCAACUCUAUUUACUUUUUAUAUAAUCAAUUGAAUUAAACCAAAGUAUAUUAACCCAAAUUCUGUUCCACUUAUUUUUAUAUAACACCUUUUCUUUUCUCUCUAUAUAUAGUCUUUCUCUUCCUUAGAACUUCACUUCAUUUUCCCAUCACAUUCAUAUUUGUAACAAAGAAAACUAGCCAAACCAAUUUAAUUCCCUCCUAAAAGUAUAAAAAAAAGAUGGAGCAUUAUUUUUCAUUUAAUUCAAAGUUUGUUACAUUUAUUGUAUUAAUAUCAAUAAUUUGGUCACAACAUUAUAGCAAUGUAGUAGAAGGAAGAGCUCAUUACCAUAAGAAAAGAAGUGGGAAAUCAUUAGUACCUUCAUCCCCUGCUUCAUCCCCUGUACCGGGGGAUGACGAUCAAACAACACCGCCUUCUUAUGAAACCCCGUCUCCUACUGCUCCUUCUGACCCUUACCCUUACCCUUACCCUAACCCGACCUCGGACGGGCCGUGCAUUUUCGACGUGACCUCAUUCGGGGCGGUCGGAGAUGGAGAUAACGAUGACACAGCUGCAUUUCAGGCUGCCUGGAAAGCGGCCUGUGCCGUGGAAUCAAGUGUUAUUCAUGUUCCUUCAAGGGGGAAAUUUUUGAUCACUUCUUCUAUCUUCUCUGGCCCGUGUAUGCCCGGACUUGUGUUGCAGAUUGAUGGUGAGUUAAUGCCGCCGGAAGGACCAGAUUGUUGGCCGGAAUCAGACAGUAAGAGACAAUGGUUAGUGUUCUACAGGUUAAAUGAGUUUACCUUGAAUGGAACCGGAACCAUACAAGGCAAUGGUGAAAAAUGGUGGGACCUUCCUUGCAAACCUCACAAGGGACCAAAUGGAUCAACAUUGCCUGGACCAUGUGAUAGCCCUGCUAUGAUUAGGUUCUUCUUGAGCAACAAUACAAAGAUGAGUGGAAUAAGAAUUCAAAACAGCCCACAAUUUCAUGUAAAGUUUGAUGGAUGUGAUGGUGUACAUAUAGACAAGAUCCAGAUUAAUUCUCCACAAAACAGUCCUAACACGGAUGGAAUUCAUGUUGAGAACACUAGAAAUGUUGGCAUUUACAACUCCAUGAUAGCCAAUGGGGAUGAUUGCAUAUCAAUAGGACCAGGUUGUUCAAAUGUGGAUAUACAAGGGGUGGUGUGCGACCAUAGUCACGGGAUCAGCAUUGGAAGUCUUGGAGUGCACAAUUCACACUCUUGUGUAUCAAACAUUACGGUUCGAGGCGCGUUGAUAAAGAACUCAGACAAUGGAGUAAGAAUCAAGACAUGGCAAGGAGGAUCAGGGUCAGUGUCAGACAUAUCAUUUCAAGAUAUCCAAAUGGAAAACACAACAAACAGCAUCAUAAUAGACCAGUAUUACUGCUUCACAAAGGGAUGCAGGAACGAAACAUCAGCUGUUUACCUAUCAGGAGUGUCCUAUAAGAACAUUAAGGGCACCUAUAACAAUGUUCGUAGUGCCCCAAUUCACUUUGCUUGCAGUGAUGCUGUGCCUUGCACUAAUAUAACAAUGUCUGAAGUUGAACUUUUACCAGCACAAGGGGAACUUGUUGAUGAUCCCUUUUGCUGGAAUGCUUAUGGGAUUCAACAGACCUUAACUAUCCCUCCUAUUGAUUGCUUACAAGAUGGAUUUCCUCUCUCGCUUGGAGAACACGUCGUUGCUUGUUGAUUUAUUUCUUACACUUUCCGUUCUUUUAGAUAGGUCAGUCAAUCUCUCUCUAUAUAUACGUAGUAUGUAUACAACAUAUAAGCCCUAGCAUUUAUUUUAUGGAGGGGGUUUUCAUGAUUUUCAUUUCUUCUUAGGAUUCAAUGUAGUAGUAAUAGUAGUAGUAACUUCGUCCCGAUUGGGAAUUUUUCUCCCAUGUUGUGUGAUGAAAUUUAUGGGACAUGAUUUCUAUGGAUAUUAUUAUUUAGAUUGAA